AGACUAGAGUCAGUUCAGUUUGGAACCCGUCACGAGUGGUCGUGUUCCAUAAUCCGCACCUUAGCAGAGACAAACAUCGCGCACCAUCAACAACCAAUUUCGAUGCGGCAUAUCGACAACGUAGUGCUCAAACAUCGUCCCAUGUAUUUUUAGUUUUUCCAUUUCACCCGUUCAGUUUUGCAGUGCUUUUUUCGAUUCAGUUAUUUUUUUCUUGUGUUGUGUGUCUGUGAGUGCGAUUCUCGAACCAUUACCGUUUCUAGAGUAGAGAGAUCGAAAGAAUGGCAAUGAUGUGGAGACUCUUUAUUUGCUUCGCAACCCUCUCCUCGUGCAGGGGUAUUUUUAUUGGCGGAGAGCAGGACGUGGGAAGCCCAUUGAGGGUAGCACAAUGCAGGGCCACUUGUCUGGAAAGGUUUUCUAACAACGCCCCGGACGGAGAAUCCGUGUGUUUGCAGGGACCUGAUUGUUUUAUGUGCUGGGAGAACUGUGAGCUGCUUCAGUCGAACUUCCAAGUGUGGGGCGCCAUGUGCGAAGAAAAAGAGAUAUGUUUCCCUGGUUGCCAGGAGGCCUGUCGUUUUCACGCCGAAGCGUCUCUACGCGUCCAGCAGACCCAGCCAGUCAUCCACACGAAAGGAGAAGGAGUCAUAAAGGUCUCAGGAGCUCACGCCCGCUGGCCGAGACCAUCCUCCGUCGACCAGAAGACGCCGCUGAUUUACGUCGUGAUGCGCAAAGCCCUUUCCGGACCUUGGAGACAAAUCAUACAGACUCUGGACCUCACCACGCGUGUACCCAUCAACUCAGACCAGGGCGGUUCCAUGCUCAGGGUAUUAGUCGUCGAUCCACAAGGUUUGGUCACCAUCUACAGCCCGGACGAGGCGACCAUGAAGGAGAACAGGAAGAAGAAGAAGACCAUCAACACGGAGAUCAAAGCUACGACAAGCAAGAGCACGUUGAACGACGUGGACGCUCCGUGGGUUCUCAGGGAAGUUUCGCUGAUCCACCAGAAGGUGUUGGUGAUCGGAGAGAUCGCCUGGGAGCCUAAAGCAGCCCGCGGUGUCUACUUGGUCACCUGGGAAGUCGACGGGGGCGGUCUCAAAGGCAACUUGUUCACCGAUUCCACCUGCGUCACCCUGUCACUUUGGCCCGACACCAUCUACCACAUCCAGGUGGAACUGGUCUCUAGAAUACCGGGCGUGGAGAACCUCAAGUCCGAAAUGAUGGAUCUGGACACGGGUCGCGCCCUUAAGGUGUCCACGGAAAGUCAGGAAGAUCUCAGCAUGAUGGCGGACGAGAUGCCGGAAGACGUCGAUUUCAACUCGCCUCUCUUGUCCGUUCUCGUCAGUGUCGCGCACGGGGAAAACGCGAAAACCAAAUUGUACAGUCUCGAAUUUGUGCUCGGUGGUUGUGCGGCCCUUGUGAUGUUCUCCGUUGUGCUCUUCUUCCUGAUACUGAGGCGCAGAGUCAAGGCUGGCAUGGCCCUGGAGAAUAUGAUCACCGGCUCUUCUACCGUCAGGAGCAAAAAACUGAUCGAGGACUAUUCCGGUUGUGCAGAUUUCUAUCCAGUGAUGGUGGCGCCCUCUGAGAUGUCCGACGUCGAGCGAUCUAGCCACCCGAACGUCGCUUUCCAAGGAUCGCUCGCUUCCAGUUUUUUCAGCGAAGAUGAAAAAAAUUCGCGAAACGAGGUUCAAGUUUGACGUCAUAGUUGUGACGGUAUCAAAACAUCAUCUGAACAGGUCGAAUGAGUUCCUAAGUGGUAAAAGUGACUGAAAAUUGAGGUGAUGUAGAGUAUCAGUUGAAAGACACUGGGUGAUGAAUGUAAUAAGUGUAUAAAAACUAGUCUAAUUCCUCGUAUGACAUUCUGAGAGCUAUGUCAAGGACUGACAGGAGAUACGGUAGUGAGAAACAACGAAGAAAGAAUCGGUAACUCUAAUCAAACUGUAAUCAAACUAUAAGAAAAAUAUUUAAAAGUUGGAUUGGAAAACAUGCACAGUUUUUCUCCGUUCUUUCCUUGAACAAAAUAAAAUGAGUUUAUUUAUCGACUAAGUUGAAUUUAUUCCAUGGAAAAUUGAUAUUUUCCCGCAGGAAAAAGUAUUGUCGAUACACUCAACCAUAUCGUCAUGUUAUCGAUCAAUUUUCUAUGGAUGUAAAAUAUCCUUGACUGUGUUAUUUCAAGUAAAACCUAUUUAAUUUAUUGAUUUCAUGUAGAAAUAAUGAAUAAUCGAAAAAAUUGUACAUUUUAUGCUAUUGUAAAUAAUUUCGACCUUAUAGAACGUCCAAACCAAAAAUGUUGAAAAAUGAAAUGUUUGUGUCGAAAUCUCUCGAGAAAUUUUAAACUAUUUGUCAUGUUUUGGGCCAUUAUUAUAUAGCAAAAAGUAGUUAUUGUUAGCUAGCUUUCUAUGAGAAAGUGCUCAUUUGUGGAUAUUAUCAGAAAUCUUCGCUGUUGAAUUUUAUAUUGUAACUAAAAUGAUUUUUCUACAAUUCCUCCCGGAGAUUGGAUGAACUGACAGUUUUAAUUGGCGGAGAUUUCUUCUGCGAAAAGUUCGUUUUAUUGUUUUUUGUACAUACUUAUCUGUAUUAUACUUAUUAUCUAUUAUACAUUAUAUAAGUUAUUUUUCUAUUACAUAAAUGGUCUGAGUCAAACAAAUGACUAAAUGUAUAUAUCAUGAAAUAUAUGAUCAGUGGAUAUCA